CAACAUUUGACUGGAUUUACAUCUCAAAUUAUAAUUCGGAUUUCUUCAUCUUCCCGAACCGUUUGCCGAGAGGAAGAUUGGUGUUCGCAGCUGCUCAGAAAGUCAAGCAGCUGAUUGCUCCGUCUUGUGUCCGGAGUGAUUGACUGCGAGUCUUAAUCCGCUAUACACGUUCAGGCAAGAGCUCUUGAGCGCAAUUUCUCGGUCCCGUUACAUUGUGUUUUCAGCAUGAACGAUCUACGCUGGCUGCAAGACACGGCAGGAGAGGCAAAUCAGCAAGAGAACGAGAGCACUGACACUUCUGCUGAGUCGAGCAAAAGCAAUCAACUCGUCGGAGUCGUGUUAUCAAAUGUUUUUCUGUUCUUUCUAAUUUUUGGACUGUCCGCGACUGUCGAUGUCAAGAAUAUGAAGCGACAACUCACCAAUAGAUUCGCUAUUGGCUGCGGUGUUGCAAUGCAGUUUAUUGUCAUGCCACUGCUAGGGUUUGUCGCUGUCGUUUCCCUUCGAAACCAAGGUCUUUCCGAAGCUAUGGGAGUUGCGUUGUUGGUUGUUACAUCAUCUCCUGGAGGAUCCUACAGCAACUGGUGGUGUUCGACUUUUAAUGCGGAUCUGGCUUUGAGCGUUGCCAUGACAACUGUUUCAAGCAUACUCAGUAUAUGCUUGUUGCCCCUCAAUCUCUUUCUAUACACCUAUCUGGCCUUUGGUAUCACGGAUAAGGACCAAGAGUCUGUAGUUGAAGCUUUGGAUUUUGGAACUCUCUUCAUAACACUUGGAAUUGUACUCGGCGCCAUUCUAUCUGGUCUCGCAGCUGGCUAUCGUUGGGACAACGCCACCUUUCACGUCUAUGCCAAUCGGUUUGGUACUAUUUCGGGCAUGUUACUCAUCUUGUUCUCGUCAACCUUGGGCCUUUUAUUGGGAGUUGCCUUUCCUUGUUUGCUCGGUAUCGCCCUCGCCAACAUUAUUGCUCGAUCCGUGCGUUUAAGUCCACCGGAGACGGUUGCCAUUUCGAUCGAAUGCUGCUAUCAAAAUACAGGCAUUGCAACAUCAGUGGCUAUAACAAUGUUUGAUAAUGUCGAAGAGAGGGCUCAGGCAGUUGCAGUCCCGUUAUUUUACGGUAUUAUCGAAGCUGUGGUAAUCGGCAUUUACUGCAUUUGGGCCUGGAAAGUUGGCUGGACGAAGGCCCCCAAGGAUGAGAAUUUAUGCCUUGUCAUUGCGAGGACGUACGAAAUCGAUGAAAUUGCUGCAAAUGACGAACCUCAGGAUGAAGAAUUCAACGGCAAAGAACAACUUGUAGAAGCCUCUAGCCCCAUGGGUGCUCAAAAGGAUAGUUGUUGCAUGGAAGGAUCAGGAGAAAGGGUGAUCGAGCUGCAUCAAGAGAACACUGAGAGGGACCGCCUUUACAAUGAAGGUUCAGGCUUUUGGGCGAGAAUAUUUCCACCUAUUCUGCUUCGAAAGCUCUCGUCUCUGUUGAUGAAUGGAGUUGAAGUUGACGAGAACUUGGAAGAGCAAGGAGACGGCGUUGAUAUCAAAGUCGAAGGAAAUUUGUUGGCUCGAAGUCGAUUAGGAACAGCUGAAACAUCACUCUCAUCGUCAGUAUCCAGUCCGCCACAUCGCUCUAGAACGGGCUCAAGCAUGUCCAUUGAGCAAGGUUGCCUAAACACGGACGACCCCUCAAUACCAUGUUUAACCGUUCCCGAAGACUCUGAACACGCCUUACCCGACCUACUACCCAUGAUCUCCUCGUCAACUGAGCACUAUCUGGCUUCAGAAGACCUUCCUUAUGCAAACAGAGCCGCUAAAGAGGAAUAGAUGUUGUCGCGAUAGCAACUUGUCACCGAAACGGACUCCCGGACAAAACUACCUGAAGGUAGACCAUACUACCUAAUGAUACUAGAAACCAUUCUAAGCAGUGACCAUAAAAAUAAAGCAUCAACAAACACGAUC